AUGGCGAUUAAGUUAGUAAUUGGACGAAGCACUCUGAAUGUCAUUAGCGCUUACGCGUCGCAAGUGGGCUUGGACGAUGAGGUUAAAGGGCGAUUUUGGGAGGAGUUGGAUGAGGUGGUGCGGGGUACUCCGCCUACAGAGAAGUUAUUUAUAGGAGGGGAUUUCAAUGGGCAUAUUGGAUCGUCUGCUAGUGACUAUGGUGAGGUACACGACGGCUUCGGCUGUGGGGUUAGGAACGGAGGAGGCACUUCACUGUUGGAUUUCGCUAGAGCUUUUGAGUUGGUGAUCGUGAACUCUAUUUUUCCGAAGAAGGAGGAGCAUUUGAUUACUUUCCGGAGUAUGGUGGCUAAAACUCAGAUUGAUUAUCUUCUCCUCAGGAGGUGUGAUAAGGGGCUGUGCGAGGAUUAUAAAGUGAUCCCGAGUGAGAACCUCGCGACACAACAUAGACUCUUGGUGAUGGACAUCAGUAUCUUGAUAAAGAGGAAGAAGAGGUUUGUACGGGGCCAGCGAAGGAUCAGGCAGGGAGUCUUGACUAAGGAUACUGCGCUGGAGUUGGAGGGGAAGUUGGCGACAAUGGGAGCCUAG